AUGACAGCCUCUGAACAUGAGAUGCCCAAAGAUGUGGUCCCACCAGGGAGCCGGACGGGCAUCUAUUAUAUUCCAAUAUCGAAUCUCCCGUUCAACACAUCGUGGCAGCAGAUCAAAGACUACGUCCGACAGGUCUGCGAGGUAGACCACGUGGAACUCUUUCAGAGAAGCACGUCAGGCUGGGUGAGGGUCAAGGGUCGUAAGAACUUUGAGGCGGCAUUCGGACUUCUGAACGGAAACGAAUUCAACGGCAGAGCAAUCAUUGCGGAGGGCAAGAAUGCAGACAACCCAAUCCUGGUGCGAGACCUCAUGGCCUGCAAAUCAAAGGCGGCGUCAAGCAACCGGUCCCUCAGUGGCGGCACUGCACCAUCUGCCGUGUUUACAACCCCUGAACAAUCGUCAUAUGUUGCAGACGGCUCAGUCUAUCACCCAAACCCGUCGCUACUUGCCUCACCUGUGUCUCCUACGAGCUCGUCGUUCAACAAGAGUGGGGAUGGACGCACUACGUCAAUGCCAUCCUCAAGCCUGAUGACCAGCCCCGAUCCUUCGUAUGCUCAAGCUAUCACGACUACGUACGAUCAGUUCUCGGCAGGUUUCUCGUACUCUCCUCCGAUGUCGUUGCAUAGCUUCGGUGCGGACCCAAGCUCUUCUCUUGGCGCCCCAGCGUCUUUCCUGACCUAUGCGGCCUCCCUGGAUGUCACUCAACAAUACGACCCAGCCACUUCGUACCCGGCACAGACACCAUACAGCCGGUAUUAUCCCCAAGCAAUGACAUCGCUGAACAGCCAGAUGGCAGCCGUGGCUUUUGUGGACGAAAGUCCAACAGGGGCCGGUAUCUACACGGAACAGCGUGGCAUUCAGAUCCGUAACAUCUCCAACCGUGCCUCGGACAGCCAAAUCCGCAGGAUGGUUCGGGACUGGACUGGGCCUGAGGCCAACCUCAUCAGCGAGAUUUGCAUACCUUCUGCCAAGGAGGGCAAAACGCGCGGGCUGGCCUUUGUCCGUUUCCAUACUGCCGACCUAGCUAAGCGCAUGGAGACGUCCCUCGAUGGGGUCGAGUUCAGGGGUCGAAAGCUGCAGGUGCGCUUGAUGAAAGAGGGUGAGGUGAUCUACGGAAGUGGCGAGCACUGUUCUCCUGCUGCGGGCUCGCCAAAGCCGCCCCGCAAAAGCAGACAGCCUCAUCAGCACCAGCACCACCACCAACCGAAAACAGAUGACAAGAGACGGGACGAGCGCAAGGAAAGGAUCAAACCCGACAGGACCAGCACCAGCAGCUCCAAGACCUCGCCACCCUCCCCCAGCAGCAGCGGCGACAUGCCACUGGUCGUGGGUGGUGGUGGGAACGGCAUUCCUGUUCAAUCAGCGGCGUCCACGUCUGCACACUGCUCCUCUAAAGGCAAGGGCAGACGGGGCAAGGAAACAUCGGUCGUUGUCGCAGAUGGAAGCUCCGACCGCAAGUCCUGA